AUGACGAUGGCUUCCUUCUCCUUUCUCUGGUUGUUUGCCUUCCUGAUACUACUGCCGUUGUGUCACUGCCAGCAACGGAGAGCCGUCAGUAUCCAAGUGAUCAAUCAGAGUGAUCGAUCCGUCCACGUUUACUACGUCGCGCAUCCUGAACAAGAAGAUUCCUGGCAGUUGCUCAGCCACCCCAUUGUUUUCCCUGGUUCCUCUUUGGACAUUCACAAGGUUCGAGGCGGUCAUGUCUUUGCCGUAGUAGAGGAAACCAAGACGAGUCCAACCUUGCAAUUCACAGCCUCGGGCGAAGAAGAACAAGUCGUGACCAUUACACCCGAUUGGGCUGUCCACACGCAGGAUGCACACAUUCGAGCCCAAGCGGAAGCACGGCAAAUGCUAGAGGACUGCAAAAAGGAAGAGAAAGUGUCUCUCCUGUCCUGCGUCCAACAAAAGCUCCAAGCAUCCGUGGAACACAUUCGCGAAGACGUUCGAUUUCACAAUCGCAUUCGUAAGGACGUCAUGGCCAAUGCCUAUGAGGAUUACGCCUGCGAAGAUACCACGCUGGAAACCAGCGAACCCCUCUAUCGGAACCUGUGGCACAAUCCGCGCGAAGACGAAGACUACGAAGUAUCCGUAUUGCACGACUAUUCCAGCAGUCAAAUUCAUCUCGUGGAAGGAUUCAUUGAUCCACCGGAAUGUGAGGCCAUUAUGGAGUACUCUCGUGCCUACUUGCAUCGUGCCAAGAUUCACGAUGGCAAGGGUGGUAAUCGAUUCAGUGAACAUCGCAAAGCCUGGCAAGCCGGUGUUCAGGUGCCAUGGCAUAUGCCUUUUCAUCCUAUCUCGCAACUCAGUCUACGGGUCCUGGAGUAUACCAAUCAUGUGCUGAAACUCAACCUGACGAACGAGGGACAAGAAGAUUUGAUGAGUAUCCAAUACUUUGGACCCGAGAGUGACGAGGAACCACCGGAUCGAUACAUGCCCCACUGUGAUGGACCGUGUCAUGGACGACCUCACAAAAGGGCCGACCGUGUUGCCACCAUGGUCAUGUACUGUGAAGUCCCUGACAUUGGAGGACACACCAAUUUUCGCAAUGCUGGUGUCCAUGUCCAACCCACAGCAGGAUCGGCCGUCUUUUUUAGUUACGUGGACCCACAUACCAACUUGACCGAUCGUGGAUUUACCAGUCAUUCUGGUUGUCCCGUGUACCAUGGAUCGAAAAAGAUUGUCACACAAUGGCUAAGGCUGGGUGUGGAUGAGGACAAUCCCUUUGACUCAUUCAAUACCCUGGGAAUUCAAGAUCCCAAUUAUUGGGAUGAAGACGAAGAGGAGGAGCAAGAUGGAGAAAGAAAAGAGGCAGAUGUACACAGUGACAGCAGUGAAGAUGGCGAGGAAGAACAAACUUUUGAUGCAAGCGACGCCAACAAUAAGCUCGACAAGGAAAAGGAGAGCACUGACAACGAGCAUGAAUUUGAAGGGGAGCAGAGAGAAGCAGAAGUACAAACAGAAAUAAAUAGUGGUGAAGAGGGCGCAUUGGAUAUGGACGAAGACGAAGACACUGCCAACAUUCGUCGUUUUGAUUUUCGCGACAAUCCAGACUUGGAAUAUGACGAGGAAUGCUUUGCUAAUGCGCGGCAAGAACUCAUUCUACAACAAAUAAUUCAUCACAGCGGAAGAGGCCCACCACGAGCGUAUCGACAACCAGUGCAGCAGUGAGACUUGACUCUAUACCGGUACGGUUCUAGUAGGUUCAGGAGAGCAGACUUUUUCUUGACCUAGCUAUCUCUCUUUCAAUAAAAGGUUUUUUUAAUAAAAAGCAGCAACCUCUG